AUUUUUUUUUUUUUUUCAAUUUAAGCUCUCCCUCCUCGCAGGGGUGCAGCUGAUAAAAAGUACGUUAGGGAGGGUUCAUAAAGGCAGGGCUGGCGGCAAAUGUCAGGCGGGUGGUUCGCCUCGCCUAAGAACAGAGCGGCGGCUGUGCAGCGUGAAGAGGCGGGUUUUGGGGGCUCCCCCCUCCUUCUCCUUCUUUUGCCAUUGCUGCUGAUUUGGAAUGUUACAAGGGAGAUCGCAGCCAAGCUGAUCGCUUGCAGGGAGCCGGAGGAAAGCCUGGCUUGCUGGCUGGGCAAUGAAGCGCCGAAAGGUGGCCGUGGCAGCCGGCUUCUGCCUCUCCUUCUUGCUGGGCACUUUGCUGAACGUCUUCUUCAUCCCGGCCUUUGAUCCCCUGCAGCAGCAGCAGCAGCAACAGCAGCACAACGCGGGCGUCACGCACUCACUGGCGGGCUCGCCUCUAGACAUGUCGGGGGAGGCUGAACGGAGCGGCAGCCGCUGGGACUUAGCCCGGCAGAUCCGGGAGCGCUACGAGGAGGUGGUGCGAUACCAGCAGCGGCGGCAGGAGCAGGCUCAGGCGGCGGCUGGCUCCAGGCUGGUGAUGAGAGCCCGGGAGAGGCGGCUGAUGGACCUGACUCCUCAGCGGCUCUCCUCGUCCGAGCGCAGCCUCCUCAAGCCCAAGGCGCCUCCAGCCGCGCUGGGCACCCCCGCCGUGCCCUGGGACCCCCGAGCCAAAGUGGAGCUUUCGCUCAGCCCGCUUCGGCUGGGAUGCCGGGACAUCAGCAAUGUCACCAACGUGCAUUACCUGGGCUCUGGCUACACCAAGGCCGUCUACAAAGCUGUGCUCAACCGGAGCCUGGCGGUGGCCCUGAAGUCCGUCGAUUUCGGGGGACAUGACAUCGACAGCUGCGUCAAGCUCUCCGGCUCUCUGGAAGACUGCUACAGGCUGGCUUCUUACAAGAUUAUCAAGGAGAUGAUCCUUUUGCAGAGGCUGCGACACCCCAAUAUUCUCCAGCUUUAUGGCUAUUGUUACCAGGAUAGCAAUGACAUCUCAGACACGCUGACCGCCAUCACAGAAUUGGGCUCACCGCUGGAGAUGAUCCAGCUUUUACAGACUUCGUGGGAGGACAGAUUCCGUAUAUGUUUCAGCUUAGUUCGGCUUCUGCAUUACCUGGCCCACUCUCCUCUUGGCUCGGUGACGCUGCUGGAUUUCCGGCCUCGUCAGUUUGUGAUUGUGGAUGGAGAGCUCAAAGUAACGGACCUGGAUGAUGCCAGUAUCGAGGAGACCUCCUGUACCACCCACCGGGACUGCUUCAUGGAGUUCCCAGCGAGGAACUUCACCCUUCCUUGCUCAGUUGAGGGCAAAUGCCAACGAAUGAAUGAGAAGAGGAAUCUCUACAAUGCAUACAGGUUUUUCUUUACGUACCUUCUGCCACACAGUGCCCCUCCAUCCCUGAGGCCUUUGCUGGAUGUCAUAGUCAAUGCUACAGGAGAACUUCAGUGGGGAAUAGAUGAAACUGCUGUCCACCUAGAAAGAGUCUUGCAUUUAUACAAGAGUGGCAUGUACCUCCAGAACACAACACGGACACCCAGAUCUGAUUACAGAAGGGUGCCUGCAGCUGCUAUUGUCAGUGACAGUUACAGAUGCUGGCCAUCCUACCACCACAAAGAAUGUCUCCUCUCGGUGUUUGACGUCAGCGAGGCCAUAGAGGUUUGCGAGAGUUAUUCGCAAUGCAAAGCUUUUGUUCUGACCAACCAAACAACGUGGACAGGUCGGCAGCUCGUCUACUUCAAGAUGGGAUCCACUUCCAUUGUGCCCGAUCAUGACAAGACAACAUAUGUGAAAGUUAUUGAUUGAAAGCUAAAGUGUCUUACAGAUCCGAUCCUAUGCAAAUUUACUCAGAAGUAACUCCAACUAAGUUCAGUAGGGCUUACUCCCCAGUAAAUGUGCAUAGCAUUACAGCUCAAGACCAGCCAGUAAAACAUGGUAGCUGUUUGCAUCAACAUAGACAGCUGUUACGUACAAGGAGGGUAAGGAUGGAGCAGGAAUUGCACUAUCAUUCUAAUCUACGGAGCGUGAAACCAAACUUUAAAGAAGAGAUCUGCAUGACCAGGACGAAUGUGCAAUAGAAUUAUAUUUUUAAAAUGUGAUUUUUCUUUUUAAGAAGCAGAAUGAAAUCCAAAAUGUGACACACUGUGCUGUUAUCCAUAGGUUGCAUGAAAGCAACCAUCAGCCUUUGUUUUUAAACUACAUUUACAAAUGCCAUGAAAAAUUCUGCAUAGGGUAUUGGUGGAAAUUCUUGCUUUCUAUUGGGAGGUUGGGACCUCUGUUAAGGUAUUUAUGUGGGCAAGUACAAUCACUGCAAAACUGUUAAGAGAUCAGGCGAUCCAAAGCAAAAGAUCAAAUGAAAUCUCCUGGAAGACAAUCAGUACUUCUGUUAUUUGUACCAAAUAUAUAAGGCCAAAAAUUAUGAUGGUCGUUACAGAAUGGGUCGAUGUAGUUUAGGGCUGUCACCCGAUAAAACAUCUUAGUUGAUGAAUCAUAUGCAUUUUAGUUGGUUAACUGGUUAAUUAAUGGAUUAAGUCUGCACAAGUCUGCCUAUGAGGAAAAGAAAUAUUUUAAAGAAACACACACAUACCAUCAGUGUGUGGAAUGAAUUUUGUUCUGAGUGGCAGUAUCAAAGCAGUGUGUGCACACGUACAUUCAGAGUGGGGCCUUCCUGAUUCAACCUGAAUGGGAUCUAAAAUUAGCUGAGUGGACUUUAAAAAAACCCACUGUUUGCACACACCUUAGAGCUAACACUGGUCACUUCCCAGUGAGGGAAGUGCAGAGGCAGGCAGUGAUGGGCCUGGGCCCAGCACCAUUGGGCAGCUGCUCUGUCAGCUCAUAUUCCUGCAUAUGGUUGGCCAAGGGUAGUUCCACCCCUGGUUCAACAUACGGUCUGAACAGGGCUAAAGAUACAUUGCACCUGUCUCCAUGAGGGUACAGUGGUGUCUGAACUCAGUGCAGCAGUAUCAUUUCCUGUAGCAUAGAUACCAUGUACUUGCAUGAGAGAAAGUAAAGGGGGCGUUCAGACCUUGUUAUGGCAGGAGUCUACCCCAUCCCUGGUGACCAGUUUCCUGUAGGGGAGGUUUUGUCUCUCCUAUAACAGUUUUGAGAACAGCAGCCUGUUUACAUUAUCCCAGCCAUAGAACUGAAGGGGAGUAAUUGGCAAUCGAGCCAGCCUAGACCCAUCCAGAUUGCUCUGCUUGGGUUCAGUUUCUUGGUCAUGGCAGUGAGGUUAUUCUCAUGACACGAGAUGCCUGGGUUACUCCAGGCAGCUCAUAUUAUCUGGAUCACCGAGAGCUCUCUGCUGCUCCAGUCCUGGGUAGCCUGACUGCUUUCUCUAGCUUUUACCAAUAUAGUACGAAUCAAUGGUUCGUUCCACCUCGGCCAGCUAUCAUGUGUGCGAUCACCGCCAGGUGGCUGGACCUACCCCUGGCAUGCUGCCAUUUUGGGCAGCAAGCCGGAAGGGAAGGGGUGUCUGUGCAGAGCAGAAUGGCAGUUCUACUGAGAGCAGCAACCACUCUGCUGCUCAUGUGGGGCUCACUGGGAUGCAAGAGGGCUUACUCCCGAUCUUGGCUCGGACUCCGCCGACUGCCGUGUUGCUGAUCAUGUGGGUGUGUGACACAGUGGAGCCCAAGACAGUUGCCGUUCGUCUGCGGGGAGGGCAGGCAAGCUGCUGCCUUCUCCCCAGCCUCACGGGAGAGGUUGUGAGAAUGACCUUACUGUGUUACACUACAGUGCUACAAAGGGAAGGAACCCAGAAAUUAGCUUUUAGCUAGGUUGAUCAAUCAACCUGUCUAUUUUCUAAUUUAACAUUAACGAGACUGGUGUAUGUUUCUUUUGCUCAGUACCAAAUCCAGGUAAACCUGUAGCUUCACAGGAACAUAGGAAGCUGCCUUAUACCAAGUCAGACCCUUGGUCCAUCCAGAUCAGUAUUGUCUACACUGACUGGCAGCAGCUCUCCAAGAGUCUUCCAUGGAAGAGUCUUCCAGGCAGGAGUCUUUCCCUGCCCUUCUGGGAGAUGCCAGGGAUUGAACCUGGGACCUUCUGCAUGCAAAGCAGACACUCUACCGCUGAGCUACAGCUCCGUGUUUAAUGUUGAGGCAUAUCAUUGAAAUGAAUAUGAUUUUAAGCAUAGGGUUUUGAUGCAUGAGACUUGAGCAUAUGUUUGAUGUUCUGCAUCAGAUGUUUGGAUCAGUUGAAAGGCAUGGAUACGCAGGUUGGUUGUAUGGGCAACCCAUGUUACUCAUCGUGGGACUACUGUGAAAGAUGUUCUGGAUUGCUCUUGGAUCUAGUUGAAGGCAUUGCCCUAGGGAAGCAUUGUGGAUAAUUCAUGCCAACAAAACUUCUGCAGACUUACCUGUUCAGGAAAUCUCUUGAAAAAACACUCAGCAUGGGAGUGCCAUAUAUCAUGGUGGGAUUGGCCAUGUUUUUAAAAUAGCGUUUAUGAAGAGAUGUAUCCUUGACACAUCAGCUAACAAUUAUUAACAGCACAAUUUUUUCAGGUGUAUCUUAUAACAAAAGGUACAGUACUAUCACUGAAUCUUUGGAGUUCUGAAGGUGCUGCUAACCAGCUUUAAGAACUAGUGACCUUAAACAACUGCAAGUGAACCCAAGCCUUAAUGAUGCAAUAGGAAUAGCAAAACCUUUUUCAAAGGCAGUGUGUCUAGAUAAUAUGCUUUCAGUGAAAGCAAACAAGGAACUCUUUAAGUGUGACGAAUGUCAUACUGUUUUCUAGUUUGUACAUUCAGAAUCUUUUGUACUUUUGUUCUUAAAUUGUUUUAUUUUUGUAUGAAAAUAAAAUUGAACUGGAUGACCUUG